AAGAAAUUUUAAAACUACAAAAACUCUUUUAGAUAUACAUUAUUUAUUUUUACCGUUUUGUAAUUUAGACACUAUACUGUAGCGUCAAUAUUGCCGGACUUACUGGAAGUGCCUAUAUUGGUAUUAUGUAUCAUACAGUGAAUAUAUUUGGAGAUCAUAGACUUCGUCACAGACUGAACCAGUGUGGAUGUUGUAAUGUGAAUACAUUGAAUUACAAAAUUACAGUUUCUGUGUUUAUUUCUGUGUUGGUGUUCUGUUGGUUUCAUGUACCAAUCCUUUUACAUUAAUGGCACCUCUGGCAAAGAUAUGUAAAAACAAACUUUAAACAAAAAGCAGUGGGGGCUUGUGCUAAAUUGAUUAUUUGAGCUAUAUGUUAUGUUAUCAUGCUAUUCCCUCAGCAAAAACAUCCCUGGAGUGUUACUUUGAUUCUUUCAUGCAUGUUUGAGGAAUUCCCAGUGGCAGCCAUUCAUGCUUGCUCUCACAAAGGAUAUUCCCAUAAAGCUCCUCCAGACUAGUGGCAGCAGUAGUUAACAAACACCUGGUGGGACUGUGAGUCUGCUGAGCUCAUCAUAUAAGCUUCUUCUCUGUCCAACACUCCUGAGAACGGUUGUAAACGGCAUAAUGAGAAGCAUUGUUGUGAUGACGGGCCGAUGGAGGAGAGUCUGAAUGAGUAGGAGUUUCUUAAGGAGACGGGGCAAUUUCAAGGUGUCCUAUUGCAAAGUCAGCUUUCUUUGAAGAUAUGUUUGAUAUUUAGAGCAUUUUUAUAACAACUGAAGGUAACAUAGUUACUUGAUGUACUACAACAUAACACUCUGUGUGGGAAAUACGUGAUACUGCCCCUUUAAACUAAUUCAUCAUUAGAAGAAAAACACAAUAACUGGUUUUAGCAAAAUCACUAGUGCCACAUUAUUGGCACCCCAGUAGCUACUGCUACGGCCUCUUUUGCCAAAAGGACAAUAUUUGUCCUUUAACCUUUCAUAUACAGGGCAUUCCUAGAUAUACAUACAGAAGCAUUAGAGGAAGAUGCAUCUCUGACCAUUCCUCUUGGCACAGGGUGGUGAUGAAUGUCUGGGUAUUGUCUUAUGCUCCCUUCCUUUCUGCUUUAUGUCUGGCAAAUGAGCUGGCCAUGUGAAAACUUUGCUUUUUAGUCUGCUGAGAAAGUUCUGCAUUUAUUUGGAAACAUGUUUUGGAUCAUUAUCCUAUUGAACGACCACAUUUUGACUCUUUAGGCAUAGGUCAUCAUAUUGUUUUAUAAUCUCUUUGCAUUUCAAUUUGUCUGUAAUGCCGCAGUAGCAAAUUCCCCAAGGCGUUUGAAUGAGAAACACGCCCACAGCUUCACAUAUUCUUCCCUAUACUUAACAGUGAGCAUGAGGCAGUGCAUUUAUCCUUUGAUUCAUUCCAGACUCAUCUGGUCAAUUUGUUGUUUAAAAGCUUUAUAUUAACUUUAUGGUUUCAACACAAGUCUUAAUAGCAUUUAGCAAAUUCUAUGUCCUUAUAUCUAUGACGAUAUGACAGCAAUGUUGUCAAACAAUAACUUGGCAUGUAGAUAGCACCUAAAGGUAGUUGUGAAGUCUUUGUGAGCAUAAUUGACUUGCUCGUCUGUAACAAGGAGCAUUAGAAAGGUUUUCCUUCCCAAUCCAUCCUCUUCUUUUUGGUUCAUUUUGCAACAUCAUCUUCUAUCCUCUUCCAGUCUUGGUUGUUCCAGUUCUACUUUCUAGUAUCUGGGGAGACCAUCACACAUUGGCCCUACCUCAAUGACUUUUACCUUUCUGAUGUUGAAGAGCUUCAUAUGUACGUAAAUCACACAGGGCCUUAAAAAGUUAUUCACCCCACUUGAAUUGUUUCAAAUUCUGUCAGUUUACAACCACCAAAAUCCACUGUUGGCAAAAAAAAAAAGAAAAGAAAAAGCUUUUCAUUCUAUUUUUUAAAUACAAAAAUGCACUGAGCCUCUUUUACUCUAAAAUCCCCUUAAUUCAAAUUUUGCAACCACUUGCCCAUCCCAAGUCACUUAAUUAGUUAACAUAGCAGCUGACACACCAGGAAAUGAGUGUGUCAAAAUUAGAGAAGCAGCCAAAACUGCCAUGGUAACUCUGGAAAAACUGCAGAGACUCACAGCUCUGGAGGGAGAAUCUGUUACCAGGACAACUGUUAGUCAAGCACUUAACACAUCUGGCCUUUUUUAAGAGUGGCAGCGAAAAAAUAUUGGUGAAAGAAUGCCAAAUGCAGUCGCAUCUGCAGUUUACCAAAUGCCAUUUAGGGAACACAGGAAACUAACACUUUACUUCACCCUGAACUCAGCAUCCCUGCUGUGAAAGUUGGUGGUGGCAGGAUUAUACUGUGGAGAUGUCCUUCUUUCUCAGUGUGGACAAACAAACUUUUCAUAUGACUAUUUGUAAAAAAAAAAAAAAAAAAAAAAAAAAAAAAAAAAAAAUGGAGUGAAAAAUAUGUCUUAUUUUUCCUUCAACAAAUUGACAAUCAAUUUUGUGUUUGUCCAUCACCCAAAAUCCAACUUAGAUACGAUGAAGUUUCAGGUUGACACCCACCAAAGUAAAAGUAAAAUGUAACGAAAACUUACUAAAAAUUACUAAGACAGGCGCUGAGAUCCUAUCAGUAGAGACGGAUCAUUACAUUUAACAUGUCUUCAUGUGCGUUUAUUUUGCUAAAAAUGUAAUGCCCAACACUAUAUUGCAUUUUGAUCAUUUACGUACAACAGUCUGGGCGAGUUAAAUUAUUACUUGAUGAUUUACCACGUCACGAUAAUACAUAAAGGUUUUUAUUUUAUAAUCUUCAAUAGAAUUGCUAAGAGCAGCCAGUGAACGAACGUCCUCUAAGAAAAAUGACGCACAAGGCAGGACUCCGAGUCACUCACGUCACAACGCGCUACAGGUCUGAUCAAGAUGUUAAACUAUUCGGGGCUUAUCGGAGCGCAGGAAAACCCUGACAUAUGUUGUCACAACUAGCCUUUUUUCCCCCAAAACCUUUGAAACAGCAAGUGUGCGUCGCUGUGCAGACGGCGUUCAAUCCCCAUCCACUGGGCACUCGCUCUGCGCGCUCCCGUGGAUCUGGCACUGUGGCAGCAGGUGAUUUAACAAGCACUGGGGAGGUUUUCGUCAGAGAAGAGGAUUUUUAUUAAAUCUAUUGCCCCCCUUUUUUUUCUUCCAUUUUUUCCUUGCUACAGUAAUUAAAUUAGAGCAACUGUAACUCGAGAGAUUAGAAACGCGACUUGGGUGUGAGGAAUAAACCUGUAGAAAGACCUGAGGCCUGUGUGUGAAUCAGAGAGAAGCCGGUUGUCAUGCAGAAAUUGGAAAAACCAGGCACAGCUAGCUGGAUGCUAGAGGACAGCCCUGCCACUUGUACAGCGAAGAACUGUCACCCAAAUCUAAAGAUGUUCCUUGCAGCCUUGUCCUACGCCUACUUUGCUAAGACCUUAUCCGGCAGCUACAUGAAAAGCACGAUUACACAACUGGAGAGACGAUUUGACAUUCCCAGCUAUCUGAUCGGCGUUAUAGAUGGAAGCUUUGAAAUUGGGAAUUUGUUGGUGAUUGCUUUUGUGAGCUAUUUUGGUGCUAAGCUCCACCGGCCCAAGAUCAUAGCAACUGGAUGCAUUUUGAUGUCUCUGGGAACCUUCCUGAUCGCCAUGCCUCAUUUCAUCAUUGGCCGCUAUAAGAUUGAAACAACCAUCAGAGCUUCUGAGAAUUCAACCAGCCAGCUCUCUCCAUGUCCAGUAAGUUCGUUGGAGUCGUCCAGGGCAGGUGAUAGGCCCUCUUCACUGCCCUCUGCAGGAUGCGAGCAAGAGUCCAGCAUUUCAAUGUGGAUGUAUGUGUUGCUGGGAAAUGUUCUGCGUGGAAUUGGAGAGACUCCUGUGCAGCCUUUAGGAAUAUCCUAUAUUGAUGACUAUGCACAGUCGGAAAAUGCUGCCCUGUAUAUAGGUUGCAUACAAACUAUUGCAAUUAUUGGUCCUGUAUUUGGUUUCUUGCUCGGGUCUCUGUGUGCCAAGAUUUAUGUCGAUGUUGGCUACGUAGACAUGGAAACAAUCACCAUUACCCCUCAAGAUGCCCGCUGGGUAGGAGCAUGGUGGCUGGGGUACCUUGUGGCUGGCACUGUCACGCUCCUGUCCGCCGUUCCUUUCUGGUUCCUGCCCAAGUCUUUGCCAAUACCUGUGGAUAAACAUGAUAGUGUCUGUGCUCCAGAACAGACCAGGUUUAUCAAAGAUGCAGAUUCGCCAACCCUGGACCACAAGAUCAGACCUGAGGAACCAACCAAUUUACACGUUAUGGCCAACGAAUUUGUGCCAACAUUGAAGAUUCUUCUUGGAAAUCCUGUAUACAUCCUCUACCUGGGUGUAACAAUCAUUCAGUUCAACUCACUCAUUGGCAUGGUGACCUACAAACCAAAAUACAUUGAGCAGCACUACGGCCAGACGGCAUCAAAAGCCAAUUUUCUUAUGGGCAUGAUCAACAUCCCAGCUGUGGCCCUGGGGAUGUUUUCUGGAGGCGUUGUCAUGAAGAAGUACAAACUGGGCGUCAUGGGAGCAGCUAAAUUUGCCUUUGGGACUUCCCUGUUGGGGUUCUUUCUGUCAUUCCUAUUCUUAGCCAUGGGCUGUGAGAACACGAAGGUGGCUGGCAUCACAGUUUCAUACGCUGGAGUGGAAGAUUUGUCUUAUCAGGAACAGUCUUUGUUUUCUGACUGUAAUUCCGGUUGCUUGUGCUCACCAAAAGAGUGGGACCCAGUGUGUGGAGAGAAUGGGAUCACCUACAUAUCUCCGUGUUUAGCUGGAUGCACGUCGUCCUCAGGCUCUGGAAGAAACAUGGUUUUUGACAACUGCAGGUGUGUGUCAGUGACUGAUGUCCAACCAGGAAAUAUAACGGCUAGUUUAGGCCAGUGUUCACUCGGACACAGUUGUGACAGAGUGUUUCCAUACUUCCUGGCUCUGUCUGUCCUCAGUUCCUUCAUCAUCUCUCUCGGCGGAACGCCGGGCCUCAUGCUUCUUGUCAGGUCCAUAAAGCCUGAGUUGAAAUCCCUAGCUCUUGGAAUCCACACACUGGCCACACGCACCCUGGCAGGAAUACCCGCUCCCAUCUACUUUGGCGCCAUAAUAGAUACAACCUGCCUCAAAUGGGCUUACAGCACAUGUGGAGGAAAAGGUGCUUGUAGAAUAUACAACACUUCAUCUUACAGGAUAGUGUACCUGGGCCUCACACUUGGUCUGAGGGCGGUCUCUUUCUUCCUUUGUAUUUGGGGAUUUGCUCUUCUCAAAAGACAUAUUAAAAGGGAGGAGAAGGAGGCUCUGAGCAACCAAAAUAGUGAACUGGAGUCACUGAGGAAAGAAGAGAACAGCUCCAUGCACUGUGAGCAAUUUAUACUGAGCCCUGACUGCAAUCCCGAAAGAGAGACUCGUUUGUAAGCUCCUACACAUCAUCCUCUCCUCUGACUCUUGAUGCACCACCCGUGUGCUGAGACAUAUCUCAGACCAGACAGGUAUAUAUAUUUGUACAUGAUUUGUGCAGAAAAGUGUUAUCUGAAACAUUUAGAAAAGUUUUAAGUUUGGUUUUAGUCCUUAAUAUAGUUGUGCUGGAUUUUCUGUAGGAGUCUUUGUUUUUAUUUUCAGCCUGGUUGUAAUGUCAUCUUGUGUACCAGAAUAAGAAAACUGUAGUCACACCCUGCUUAAUGUUAAUGUUGUGUCCAUGCAUUUGCUCAUAUGUAUAUUUGCAUUAUUUCUAUGGUAUACAUUGGGACGACAUUUUUAAAUCUCUAUAGGCAAAGUUUAAAUGUAAGUUCUCUGCAAGGGAAAACAAUCGCUGUAUGUCCUGAAUAUGUUGAUUCUAGCAUUGCCUUGCAUACCUUAUACUGUAUGUUGCCAGGGCAACAGUUUAAGCGUUGUAACUAAUAUGUUCCUUUUAAACAAAUAAUGCAAUGAUGAGGCAAAACCUACCUCAUUUUUCUGUUUGUACUGUGUUGUGUGUGGAGUCCAUGUAGCCACCGCUGUGCCUAGUUUUGUUUUAAAUUUGAAUGUCUCUCUACUCAGCUCUUAUGUUUUACUGUCUUUUUUGGAUCAUGGAGUUUUCUCAAUGCCUCUUCCUCCCAAUCUAAUACAAUGGGUAAAACAGGUAUGGCAUAUGUCAGCAUUUAGUGGAAAACCCACCAGAUAGCAGUGACAAUCCCAAAAAUCAACAGAAACAAUUUCAUGAAUUAAGUUUUGUGUGCUUCAGUGGAGUGACACAGGAAAUAGAUACUAAACACUGUUUCUUUAAAUCCACUUCGUGGGCUGCCACAUUAAUUGAUCCUUUAAUACAAUGGCGUCGCUAUAUUUAGUAGUAUUUAUAUUUAAAAGAAAUCUGUAUGGACAAUUAAAUAUUGCAUCCCACAGCGCUGUUUCUAUUGCUUUGGAAAAGGAUCCGUUCCACUCAAUUGAGAGUACUCUUUCCACUGAAACGCCACUCCAGGUUGUCCUGGUUACCUACAAGAAAUGAUUACAGGAAAAGCACUUUUGAAUUAUCUUGCAAGUAACAGAGUGAUUCUUUUUCUAUACAGGUGAUGCUACGUUACAAUCUCACAAAAUUUCCCUAAUGUAUGUGUUUUUGUAAAAGUCAACGUAUCUACUAUGGAGUCUUUAGGUCUUUUUUGGGGGGCAAUAUUGCACGUCUUUAAGUAGUAAAUCUUCGAUCUGUGGACCUCAUGUGUUAUCACAAAAUCAUAAUCGCUAAUAAACUCAAAACAUUUUUUCCAGCCGGUUCUAAGAUGAACUAAGAUGUUCUUGCAUAUGUGUUGAAAUGUUACCAUGCCAGCAAAAUAAAAUGGAAAAUGGGCUUUUAUUUAUUCAACAAAUUGCAUGAAAUUUCCUUAAUCUUUUACAUAUAUAAACAAUCUUCUUGUUUAUAGACGGAUAUAAACAGUCUUCUUGUUUAUAGACGGAUAUAAACAGUCUUCUUGCUUAUAGACGGAUAUAAACAGUCUUCUUGCUUAUAGACGGAUAUAAACAGUCUUCUUGCUUAUAGACGGAUAUAAAC